CAGAUUUUUUGGCUGGAUCGCAGACAGCCUAUUAAAUAUCACAUAUGGUCUAAUCAUCAAGGACGUGUGCUACACUACGUUCUCUACAGAUUCUUCCCUUGCAUUAGCUCCGCGCCGUGUCACAAAGGGCCUACCCGGACAGUGUCUGCGCUAGUAUCGUCCAGAGCAAUCUUUAACGAUGGUCAGCUCUUCGUCUUUACCCCAGGAGCUACGAAAGCUCUCAGAUGGUGUCUAUGUUUAUGACCCCAACUUGGGCUCCCUUGGUGACAGCCACGGCAGUGCAAGCGAUCCCACAACGGUUGUAUUAUACACAUGGGCCGAUGCGCACGUACGCCUGGUUCAGAAAUACUUCCAGGGGUACAAAGACCUCUACCCGUCUACCAAAAUUAUUAUAGUCAUGGCCACGACUAUGAAGACAUUUUUCGGCGGACGAGAGACGAAUCAAGCCGUUGUGAGGGAAAUGGUUAACAAGGAAUUGUGGCCGCUUAAUAGCUGCGAACUAAGCACAUCUUCCGAACUUCCAGAGUCCAUGAAGUAUCGGGGAACGACACAUCCCCGCAUCCUCAUGCAUGCAUUCUCGAAUAGUGGCGGCACCAACCUGGAGGCGACUGCUUUAGUCUGGCAUUCGUUACAACGAAGCGUGGGCCAAUCCAUCGGCCCACUACCCAUCCAAGGCCUCAUUCUCGACUCGACACCGGGUGGGUCAUCCUUUUCCCUUGAAUUUUCUCGCUGGACAGCUGGGGUAGCGUUGGGGUUCGCAUUUCUCCCCAGGCCCUUAGCAAAGCUGGUAGCGGCCACCAUCGUGGUACUAUGCUUUGGGCUACCGGCUCUGCUCGGAAAGGAGUCGCUUCCUGUCCGCGGACGGAGGGUCAUCAACUCGCCCGAUUACAUACCAACAACCAGCGGACGGUUGUAUAUAUACUCAGACUCGGACCCCUUGAUUGGAGACAAAGAUGUAGAGUCACACGGGCGUGAAGCCAAGGCGAAGGGAUAUCGGGAUAUUGUGUUGGAAAAGUUCCAAGGUUCGGGCCAUGUCGCACACAUGCGGCAGGAUCCAAAGAAGUACUGGGCUGCGAUUGCCAGGUUUUGGGAUAAGAGCUGUGUGUAAAGUUAGUAUCGCUCUUGCGUAAGACUUAGGUGACUGAGAGAAGCAUGUCCUGUGUGAUGUCCUUGUAAUAUAAGUAUAGUUCUUAUGACCUUUGGUUCACGUUCAACACGGUAUGAUAUCUUGUGUCCACUGCCG